GUUCAAUCACUUAUAUCGUUUUUGUGCACUAUUUUAUUCUCCGAAACGUCCAAUAAAAGGGAUAAUAUACAAAAAAAUCGGUGCUUUCAUUCAUAUUCAUGACAAACAAUGAUGAAGGUACAGUAACCCCGUGGGUUGUUGAGGGGGAAGUGAACUACGACAAAUUAAUCAAGGAAUUUGGCUGCCAAGCAAUUGAUCAGGACCUCAUAAAACGAAUUGAAAGGCUAACUGGCAAGAAGCCGCAUCAUCUUUUGCGGCGUGGUAUUUUCUUUUCACAUCGCGACUUCCACCUAUUACUAGAUGUGUAUGAGAAGGGUAUGCCCUUUUACAUCUACACAGGACGUGGACCCAGUAGCGAGUCGAUGCACAUGGGUCAUAUGGUCCCCUUCAUGUUCACCAAAUGGCUCCAAGAAACCUUCAAAGUUCCGCUAGUGAUCCAACUCACGGAUGAUGAAAAGUUUUUUUUCAAGGACUUAACCAUAGAUCAAGUAGAAGCAAUGACACGUGAGAACAUGAAGGAUAUUAUUGCACUUGGCUUUGAUCCGGAGUUGACAUUUAUCUUCAGUGACUUCAACUACGUUGGUAACAUGUACCGUGUCAUCGCACGAAUUGAAAAAUCGUAUACUGCCAGUCAAGUACGUGGAACAUUUGGCUUCAAAUCAGAGGAUAACUGCGGCAAAUGGAUGUUCCCAGCCAUUCAGGCGGCACCAUCGUUCUCGGUUUCCUUCCCGCAAAUAUUUCCUCCUGAAAAAGGUAACGUCUUCUGUCUUAUACCACAGGCUAUCGAUCAGGAUCCCUACUUUCGGCUGACACGCGACGUUGCGCCACGCCUUGGCUACUUAAAGCCCUCUAUCAUCCACUCUAAGUUUUUCCCAAGUCUAAGCGGUUUAAAAGGCAAAAUGAGUUCGUCUGUCGGAGCUGCAGUAUUCCUGACAGACACACCUAAGUCGAUUAAAGAUAAAAUAAACAAGCAUGCAUUCAGCGGUGGCGGCGCCACGAAGAAGGAACAUUUCCAGCUCGGUGCCAAUACCACCGUUGACAUCCCAAUUCAGUGGUUGCGCUUUUUCCUAGAGGAUGAUGAUAAACUAGAAAAAAUCGAGCAUGACUAUGCGCUCGGUUGGAUUAUGACCGGUGAGGUUAAGAAGGUGCUUAUUGAAACCAUCACUAAAGUCAUAAAAGACCAUCAGGAAAAGAGGAAAAUGGUAACUGAGGAGGAUCUCAGGCUUUUCUCCAGUAUUCGUCCCCUGGGAAAGACGUAGCAGGGCUACGAUUUGGGUCUCUAAAAUGCUUAAUUGUGACAUGUGAGGUACUUUUAUGACUAAUUGGAUUAUACCUUCACCUGCUAUCUCUUUCAUAAUUGAGGUGGGUGGAUGUUGAUAGAGAGAUUAGAUAAUA